ACUGAUAUAGUGAGAGCAGCGCGCUGGAGAACUGAGUGGAUGUAUGUGUGUGACUUUCAUCUCAUCUUCUGGAGGUCUUGCGGAGAAACGAAUCACUUUGUAUGGCUGGAUUUUUGUGGCCGAUGCAUUUAUUGGUUUUCUUUUUUUAACCAUGUCGUAUUAACUUCAUAGGAGUCAUGCAUAACUAUUUUGGAGCUUGUUUCUCAAUAGUGUUGCUAAUUUUCGCAUUUUGGACUGAGGUGUGCCAGUCGUCGGGUUAUUUAGAGCUCCAGUUGAUCAGCGUGGAGAAUGACAUGGGUGAGCUCGCGAAUGGAAACUGCUGUGACGGCGCGCGGAGCGCACGAGACGGUCUGUGUGACCUGGACGAAUGUGACACGUACUUGAGAGUGUGUCUAAAGGAAUACCAGGUGGAGGUCACCACAUCUGGCUUAUGUACGUACGGCACUGGACGCUCGAGCGUGGUCGGAGGGAAUACAUUUCAGUUGAAAGGAUUCAAUGGAAACCCAAACAAGGCCAAUGACCUCGGGACCGUUAUCAUCCCCUUUCAAUUCGCUUGGCCGCUAGCGUACACUUUGAUCGUGGAGGCUUGGGACUGGGACAACCAAACGAUCACUGACAGCAGUGAUGAUCUGUUAAUCGAGAGGAGUAUAAAUCGCGGAGAAAUGAACCCCGGAGAGGAGCGACGGAUCAUUCAGUACAAGGGCCAAACAGCCAGCAUCAAGUACAGCGUGCGUGUGCGCUGCGACCGCUAUUACUACGGCAACAAGUGCAACAAACAGUGUCGCCCCCGAGAUGAUUACUUUGGCCAUUACACAUGCGAUCACUUGGGCAAUCAGCAGUGCAUGGACGGCUGGAAUGGGCCAGACUGCAAGAAAGCUAUCUGUAAGCAAGGCUGCAGUGAGCUUCACGGAAGCUGUGACGCUCCGGGAGAAUGUGUGUGUAAGUACGGCUGGCAAGGUCCACUGUGCGAUGAGUGUUUGCCGUACCCGGGGUGUAUGCAUGGCACUUGUCUGAAACCCUGGACGUGCACCUGUGAGAUGAACUGGGGAGGACUUCUGUGUGACAAAGAUUUAAAUUACUGUGGCACACACAAGCCCUGUGUAAAUGGAGGCACUUGUCUGAAUGCUGAGCCAGAUGAAUAUUUCUGCUCUUGCCCUGAGGGUUACUCCGGCAAAAACUGCCAUAUCGCCGAGCAUGCGUGCAUGUCAAAUCCAUGUGCAAAUGGCGGGACAUGUCAUGAACUGGCGUCAGGGUUUGAGUGCCAGUGUCCCCCAGGGUGGGAUGGCCCAACUUGUGCUAAAGACAAAGAUGAGUGCACGUCAAACCCGUGCUCUCAUGGGGGGACCUGCUUUGAUCUGGAGAAUGGCUUUGACUGUUUAUGCCCCCCACAGUGGACUGGCAAGACCUGUCAGAUAGAUGUGAAUGAGUGUACGAGGAAACCUUGUCUAAACGCUUAUGCUUGUAAAAAUCUAAUUGGUGGAUAUCAUUGCAACUGCUACCCGGGCUGGGCGGGACCGAACUGUAAUAUCAAUGUCAACAGCUGUUACGGUCAGUGUCAGAAUGGAGGAACCUGUCAGGAUGGUCGUCAUGGUUAUGUGUGCCAGUGCCAGCCGGGAUUCAUGGGAAGACACUGUGAAGUGCAGCAGAGCAGGUGUGCAAGCUCCCCAUGUCAAAAUGAUGCACGGUGCCGUUCGCUGGCCAUGGGCUAUGAGUGUGAGUGUCUGUACGGAUACACUGGAACCAACUGUGAGGUGCAGGUGGAUCUAUGCAGUCCAAACCCAUGUCAGAAUAAAGCCCAGUGUCACUCUCUGCAGGGAGAUUUUUACUGCGCCUGCACAGAUGAAUAUGAGGGCAAAACAUGCAGUCAGCUACGAGACCACUGCAAGACCAGCACCUGCCAAGUGAUUGACAGCUGUACUAUUGCCGUGACAACCAAUAGCACAGCAAAAACGGUACGGCACAUCUUAUCAAAUGUGUGUGGUCCUCAUGGGCGCUGCAUCAGCCAGUCAGAAGGAAACUUCACCUGUGCCUGCCAACCAGGAUUUACUGGCACAUAUUGUCAUGAGAAUAUAAAUGACUGUGAAUCAUCUACUUGUCACAGCGGAGGAACAUGCAUUGAUGACAUCGACUCCUUCCGCUGUAUCUGUCCUGAUGGCUUUGAUGGUCAACUCUGUGAGCUGGAGGUGAAUGAGUGUAGUGGUGAGCCUUGUCUAAAUGGAGGUGUUUGUAUCGAUCUGCUGAAUGAUUUCAACUGUAGCUGCACUGACAACUGGAAAGGAAAGACGUGUAACUCACGAGACAAUCAGUGUGAUUCCAGUACAUGUGCUAAUGGAGGAACGUGCCACGAUCAUGGAGACUCAUUCCGAUGUGUGUGUCCUUCUGGUUGGGGUGGCAGUACCUGUAACACGGCCAUGAACAGCUUGUGUGAAUCUGGUCCGUGUCUAAAUGGCGGGACUUGCAUUGGAGGGGGCAGCGUCUUCACUUGCGUCUGUAAGGAAGGAUGGACGGGGCCUAUCUGUGCUCAGGAUGUUGAUGACUGCAACCCUCAUCCCUGUUAUAAUGGGGGACAGUGUGUGGACGGGGUCAACUGGUUUCGUUGUGAGUGCGGACCUGGAUUUGCAGGGCCUGACUGUCGCAUAAACAUAGAUGAGUGUCAGUCCUCCCCCUGUUCGUAUGGAGCCACAUGUGUGGAUGAGAUUAAUGGAUAUCGCUGUCUGUGCCCAGUGGGACGAGCUGGACCGCGCUGCCAGGAGUUCAUUGGUGUUGGAAAGGCAUGCGAUCGCUCAGGCUUGCAGCUUCUUCACGGUGAUCGUUGGGAGGAUGGGUGCAACAGCUGUCAGUGCAUGAACGGAAACAUCAAAUGCACUAAAGUGCGUUGUGGUCGUCAGCCCUGCAUGUUGCAGUCAGACUCUGGUGAGCUACAGCGCCCCCUGUGUCCACUAGGACAGGAGUGUGUAGCGCAUCAUUUCCUGUCUUGCCUUCGUCCACCCUGCAGUCAGCUGGGAAUAUGCUCCACCUCUGAACAUCCACUACAGCCCAUCAGCACUCGGUGCCUACCUAACAACGGCUACCUAGAUGAUAACUGUGCUCAUGUUACGCUUGUAUUUGACUCUGACAGUGUCCCGCAGGGCACAACUGCUGAAGGUGUUUGCACAGAGCUAACGUAUCUGCCAAUCACACGAACCCUGGCCAAAGACCACACCCUUUCCAUUCUUUGUGACCAAUCACCGUCCAGCCAUAAUGCCGUGGAGGUUGCUAUGUCAUAUGAGCAAAACAGCUUUGUUGCGGGACAAGCUCAGAUACAGGAUGUUGUCCGCUCCAUCAUUGAUGUUCUGUCCAAAUUUCACAACAGCACGUUACUGUUGGCUGUGAGAGAGGUCAGAGUUGACACUCAGGACCCGCGUCCCCAAGCUGGUUACCUCAUCCCGUUGCUGUGUGUGUUGUUUGUGGUAUUAUGGAUCUCAUGUGUCAUCGUGUGCGUGUGGUGGUUCCGGAGACGCAGGAAAGCGAAACAAAGAGAGGACACGCAGAUGGAGGAAAGCAUCAACAACCAGCGCGGGACACUACUGUGCGCUCGCACACCUCACAAAGACAACACGGACCCGCUGCAGGAGAACAAGAACCUGCUUUACCCUCUGGAUCGGGUUGGAGACGGAGCUGAGCGAGAGGAAGAGGAGGAAGAGGGAGAUGAAGAGAGCGGCAGAGGGGUAGUUCUGCAUAAGUGCUCAUCUCUCGCGUGCUCUAGAGGUGACGCGGUGUACACUAUUCACACUACAGCCCAAAGUCAGCCACACAGGACACACUACAGCAGCAAAGACAACCGCUGCAAGAACAAUGUGAACGAGAGCUUAAGCGAGCACAUGAAAGAUCACUAUGUAUGAAAAAGCCAGACAAACUGAAAAAACAUAAGUAUUUUUUUCACUGACUGAUCUGAAAGCAUCUGGGACUGGUGUGAUUGGUCUUUUUCAUCCUUUUUAUCAUCGUGUAGUCAAAUGAAACAGGGAUUUGUCACAUAAAUGCAGCAAAUCAGACUUUCAAAGAAUGGUUUUCAAAAUCCUUUUCUUUUGUUUACACUUGCACUCACUUUCCUUAAAAAGAAGGACAUUUUCACACAAGGCUGAACUUUGAGAUUAUGUCUGUGAACUGUGGCGAGACCUUUGACCCUUGGGGCUGAGGAGAAAUUGGCGAUAGGCAGCUUUAAAAUGUUUUUGAUUAUGUCCAGACCUGCCCAAAGUCAAGUGCUAGGAGCCGUUAAAUCUUCCAGAGGUAAAUAUAUAUUCAAGUGCCUCAUUGAACCUUCAAGACAGUUCUUACACCUUUUAUAUACAUUUUUAAUGAUGAUACUCAUAUGUUGGUUCUUAUUGUUUUUGUUAACAUAUGCUACAUAUACACUUAAAGCCAGGGUUAGUUCACCCAAAAAAAAGGUCACAAUUUAGUCACCUGUGUGUCACUCUAAACCCGUAUGACCUUCUUCUAACACAA